AUGUCGCGAAAAGUGAGAUUGACAUCUGCGGACAAUGUGACUUAUGAGGUUGAUAUAGAAGUCGCAGAGAAGUCGAUGCUUCUCAAGAACAUGAUGGAAGAUAUUGGAGACGAUGUCACUGAUGUGCCCGUGCCCAAUGUCCAAGCGAAUGUUCUCAAGAAAGUUAUCGAGUAUUGUGAGCACCACAAAAACGAUCCAGCGUAUGUGAGCAGCGACGAGGGAAUUGCCCGGGCCAAGGCUACCGAAAUCUCUCAGUGGGACCAGAAGUUUCUGCAGGUAGACCAAGAAAUGCUCUUUGAGAUCAUUCUUACCGCAAACUACCUGGACAUUCGCCCCCUCCUGGAGGUCGGGUGCCGCACCGUGGCCAAUAUGAUCAAAAACAAAUCGCCCGAGGAGAUCCGCAAGACCUUCAAUAUUGAAAAUGACUUUACUCCUGAAGAAGAGGCCCAGAUCCGCCGUGAACACGAGUGGGCCCAGGACCGCUGA